AUGGCCAGUCACGCGGCAGGGGACGCCGCGUCCCCAGCGUGGGGGACCGGGCCUCAGACCGUCAAGAGGUUGUGGUUGGAGAGCCGGCACCGCGCAAAAACCAACAAGAAGAGCGUCGACUACGUCGUCACUAGUGGCAUUGUCGGUGGCAUUGCAGGCUGUGUAGCCAAGACAGCGAUCGCUCCCCUCGACCGCGUAAAGAUCCUCUUCCAAACGUCAAACGCAGAGUUUAGGCAGUAUGCUGGAACACCUAUGGGUCUGUUCCAUGCGAUGGGCAAGAUUUACAGGUCCAGCGGCAUGCGCGGCCUGUUGCAGGGGCACUCGGCGACCUUACUGCGUGUCUUCCCCUACGCGGGUAUCAAGUUCAUGUUCUACGACUGGAUCGAGAAGGUCCUGGUCCCUUCGCCAGAGUACGCGACGCCAGGACGGUUCUUCGUGGCGGGAGCGUCGUCAGGUGUGGCUUCAGUUCUGAUGACCUAUCCGAUGGAGCUCAUCCGCGUUCGCAUGGCGUACCAGACGAAUCCGGGCGAGCGGACAACAUUGCGGCAGGCCAUUCGAAUGAUCGCGUCAGAGCGCGCGUACGCCAACCAGCCCGGCACGACGAGCGGCGUGUCUGUGUUCACGCGGUCAUUGCCGUUCUACCCGUUCUAUCGAGGAUUCUCGGUCACUCUCAUGGGCAUGGUGCCCUAUGCGGGUGUGUCGUUCCUCACUUACAACAUGCUCAAGAAGCACUUGCCCGAGUACAUGCCGUACUUGAAGAAGCGCCCAACGCAACGAGACCUCUUAUGUGGUGCCGUCGCUGGUCUUAUCAGCCAGACCGCAAGUUAUCCCUUCGAGGUGAUUCGUCGGCGCAUGCAAGUCGGCGGAGCUAAGGGAGGGGCUGGGAUCAACUGGAAGCAGGCGAUCCGAGCGAUAUACACGCAGUCCGGAUGGCGAGGGUUCUUCGUGGGAUUGAGCAUUGGCUACGUCAAGGUUGUCCCUAUGACGAGUAUAUCUUUCGCCACUUGGCAGUUCUUGAAGCGAUUGUUGGACAUGUAG